CUUAUAGAACAAGCCAUUGUUUGGUCCUCUGAAAUAGUUUUGUACGUAAAUAAAAGUUGAAGUUUGUUAGCUAAGUUCAGAUCAUGUGUGUUUGUUAGCAAAGAACAGUCAAAGGGUGUUCCGUGCUAAGGAUGUGAAAAGGCAAACUUCACUGGGCUAUGGUCUUCUAUAUAUCACCAAUGUGAAAAGUUUUGGCUGAUGCCAGUCAUUAGUUGAAUGGAAAGAGAAGUGCACAAGUAUUUGCAUGGGUAGUGGUAACCAUGAAAUUCAUAAAUAUGAAGUUAAAAUAAUAAGACUGACUUAGUACAUAGUAUGAAUGGAAAUGCCCAUAGUUACAUAACUGGAUUUUUAUAUGACUUAUGAAAAGUUAGUGUUGUAACAAAUGUGAAGAUGAGCACAAAUAAUACUGUAUUGCAUUUUAGGAAAAUAGAUGCAAGUGGAAAAUUAACUGCAGAGAAUUUAUCAAGUUUUCUUCAGAUAUUGUAACUUCAACUUAAACAGUUACAAUGCAGUAUGCCAAUGUUUAGAAAAUAUCUAUUUUAAUAAAGUAUAAAUAAUUAAUUACGUACUAAGGUGUUAAGGUAAUACGUACAUACUUGUGAUGGCCAACUUUUCACAUCACCACAUGCUGUCCAAUUACUACAAUUUUUUUUGUGGUCUGAUUUUAGCCUGUCAUUUGUGAAUGAAUCCUUCAUGAUAGCUCCAUGAGAAUUUAGAAAUAUGACUCUGUGAGGUCAGACUACUUUAUGAAACCAAGAAAGUGACCAGUGGUGUUUGUUCAUAUCCUGAGGUAUGACAUAUACGUAGUAAUUUGAAGCAGUUAAAUAUUACAGGUAAUUUUGUUAAAAUGGAGUUCUACAUUUUUUGGUGCAGACUCUCAAUAAAGUAAAUCUUCUGCAAUUCAGGUCAGUGACGAAGAAAGUAAUUCACGAUAGGCCUGUUAGUAUUCACCUGAUUUAUUUUCUGAGAAUAACAAACAAAUUUUAUAAGACAGAAAUGGCAGUUGCGAAGGCAAAAGCCUCACAGGAACCUGUGGGGUCCAAAGUACAAGUUAAAGAUUUGUUGGCUCACAUGGAUCCAAUGAUUUACCUAGCAGGCACAGCUGACAACACCUCAGAGAUGUUAGCCUACGUUGCUGAUAUGGAUCCUGCUUUUCAUAAGCUCGAAAUAGUCAAAGGCCUAAGAAAGGAAUUAAGAAGCAAACUUGGGAGAGUUAUAGAAGAGAGGGCUGUUGAUUACUUGGAACAACAUAAAGGGAAGAUGCGGGCAGAUAAUCCUGUAGAUGUUCUAGUAGAGAAAAUUGGAGAGGAGGAGAUUUAUAAAAACUUUAUAAAUGAUAUUGAAGAAAGUGUUAGAACAACUGUACAGGGUAUAUCUGAACAUUUUGAUGAUGAAAUUGUAACUGGUAUGUUUUCACAUGAGGAAGAUGAACUUGCUUACAAUGCCAGCCCCAAUGGUUCUAAUGAAUCUUCUCUGAAUUCAUCGCUAAACCAGUCUGGAUUACUCUUUUUACAUCCUGCUCAAUACAACAGUAUUGCUCAGGGGCUACUGACAAAAAAAGAUUCCCAUGCUUGGAAUGAAAGUUUGAAUAUUUUGGUUUCAGACCCUGGGGAACCAGUCAUGCAAGAGUGCUGGCCUGAUCUGAAGAAAGGCCUUCGUGACUGUCUUCUUGAGGUAUCUCAUGAAGUGUUUGCUAAAGGCCUGAAAGUGCACUGUAAGUUAUUAACAUCGCAGGUGCAGAAUGCUGUUAAAGAAGCAUACCUGAAUCUUCUUGAAGCUGUAGCUGGUUUUUAUAUGUCAAAAAAACAUCUAUCAAAGAUACCUUUGAAAGGAGAGGCAGUUAACUUGAAACCAUGUGAAAACAUCAUAAGAAUCCUGAAAAUCAUCGUCGAUUUUCAAGAGGAACUACCACUUCUGUGGAUCAGGUAUCCAGAAAGAUAUGUAGAUGACAUGGUUGAUUCAACAUUCAAUCUUUUGUCUUUGUACCUAGGUAAGAAAGACAGCACAUCAAUGAAUGUUCUUGAUAUGCUUUCCAUAGUAGACAGCAACAUAUUUUGGUUCAGGAGGUGGGUUCAUGGACAGUGGGGUAGGAAUAAAACUUUCUCAGCGAUGAAGAGUAAUUCAGUAAUCUUGCUUUAUUUAGUCUCAUAUUGUAUUCAGUAUUUGGAAAAAUGUCCAGAAACCAUUGAUGGUGUAAAGUCUGUGUCUCUGAGUUCUAGUAUGGUGAGCUAUUUAAGGUUUAUACAAAAUUUCAAGUUAAUCAUGGCAAUUAUAAGUUAUUCUGAUGGUAGAAAACUCUUCCCUGUCAAUGUUCCUUCAAGGGAUGAGUUGGUAACAGUUCAGAAAAUCCUUCAGAUAUUUAUCAAAGCGUCAUGUAACAGUAAGAUGGCAAAGGAAAUUACAAUUGAGAUCAGUAACCAGCUUCAAAAAUACUGUUCAAGAGACGAAGUAAGGUGCUGGAUUCUCUGUGAUGCUGGUGCAGUUGAGACCCUUUUAAAUGAAGUCACUUCUUUAGAAGACAUAUCAGACAAGAAAGACAGCAAAGGAGAGGAGGGAAUCAAAAUUUCAUCAAUGCUCCUAAAAACAGUCCUAAGUAUUUUUCAGUCCAUUUUGUCUACGCAAGUGGGACAAAGGUAUAUAUUGCUGGGGAGAAAACGGAAAGCCAGCUCAAAGUCAGGUCUUUUAACGGUUACCAAACGCCAAGCAUGUGAAGUUAUGGACUUAAUUCAUUUUGUCUUGAAGAGUGAAACAGCAAAUGUACAUUUAAAGAAAAAAGCUGUAAGUGUUUGUUGUUCUUUACUGUCAUCCCCUAUUGGGAUACAUAUGUGCCUAGAACACCCACUUAUUGAAAAUGUCAUUGGUCAUCUCCAGAAGAAUGGAUCAAAACUGCCCAAAAGACUGCUACAGGGAGAAGAUCUUUUGAAAAUGGAGGAAGUGUUACGUCUUGGUGACUCGCAGUCUUUCCCUCUUCUUAUUGCAAUUUUGUCAACUUACAAAGGAAUUUCUCUUCUUGAAAGUGAAGGCAUUCUCUCGCUAGUGUUGAAGCAAGUCUUACCCCAUAUGGCCAAGAAUGGGAAGAUAAAUCAGAAGAUACUUUCAUGUGUUUGCACUUCAUCUGAAGGUAGUUCAGUCAUAGGAGAGCUAGGAAUUCUUCUUCCGUAUUGGGAAAUAAUUUGUCUUGCUACAGCUGGAGAAGAACCAGGACAUCAACCACAAAAAGAAGAAGACAAAGAGGAGGCUUUAAUGGCAGCCUUAGCUCCCUUGCUGUCAGUCACAGGAACAUACUAUGGCUCAAAACUGCUCUUCAGUGAAGAAGGACUUUUAUCCCAUGUCUCUCAUUAUCUUUUUUCGUUAGACAAGACUCAAGAAGAAUUGCACCGUUUGGCUCUGUAUAUUUUAGGGUCAGCAACCUCUUCCCUUGAUUCUAUGGUUGGUCUUCAAACAUCAACUAAUUAUCAAGAGCAUCUUUUAGCUCAGCAAAACCUCUCUUCUGUUGAUGAUGGGAACACAGUCAUCAUUGAUGAGAAGUCAAUUAUUCGUAACCAUAUUUUGGUUAAAUCGUACCUUUUAGGAGGAAGUGGUGAAAGAAUACUUCCCCCACUAUUUAUUGACUCUAAUUCAUCUAUUAUGCCACAGCUAUUUAGUUCUUAUCCUCCUCCAAGGAACUACAUUCCUGAAAAGCCUAUACGUUCUAUGCACAAAAGGCAGAAUGAAGUGUGGAGUUUUCUCAGUGAUACACGCCAUGGUCUUCAUGAUAUUGGAUGGUUAAAUCACUGUCGCAAAGCUGUGCGGUCAGUUCUUGUCGCAGGGGAAGACCUCAAGAAUUGGCUGGUGAUGGAUAUCAUAGAGCGGUCAGCUCGUUCUCUCUUAACAUCAGCUGAAGAGCUUUUGCCUGGGUCACCCCUGUCAGAUAAGCCAAAUACACCUUUAGCUCUCAGUUCUCCUUCAAAUAGCCCUUGCUCUGAUGCAGUACAGAUCCCGUUACCAGAGUAUUCAGAACCACAAAGGAUGAGUGAAAAUUUGCCAACCGUUUCUGAUGCCCAUCUUAUUGCAGUGGAACUCAUUUUGAGGUAUGGCAGUGAACUACAAUUGCUGACUGGAAGUGGAGGCUUUAAGGAAGGUCUAUUAGAUGUUUUGUCAUAUACACAAACUAAAAUAUUGUGCUCACAAUCUGAAAGGUGUGACUGGUUUGUUAUGGUCAUGUUUCUCAUAGCUGGUGGAAAUGGUGAAAGAUGUCGAAAUGUCUUAUCACACAUCAGUCGCGUGCUUGUCGGAGGUGUUUUGUGGCCAUCUUUCUCAGAUUCUCUUUCUGCCACCCAUGAACUUCUGCCUGGAGAAGUCACAUUUUCUGGAAUUAUUCACCAUGCCCAGCUUGUACUCAGCAUUGAAAUUCCUAUGCUGUUUUCAGUGAUACAGGCAAAUAAUUCAUGUGUUUGGAAUAUCUUAGGAGAGUGGAUUAGAUGUCUCUAUUUAGGAGUUUUACCUUGGAUGGAAGUGUGUCACUACGUAAUGAUGGUGUUGUUACAAGGACCAGAUUAUGCUGUUUACUUUGUUGUUGCAUUUUUACGCCACUUGCAGAAAAUUAUCAUAAAGUAUACAGGACACCACAAGUGUCUCACUGUUUUACAGACUUCAGCAAUUACUGGAUGGCGUAUUGGUGAGCACCUCAACUUCAUGGAAGGGCUGUCUCGCCGUCACCGACGCACUGUUCUCCCAGCCCUCUCAUAGGUCCAUUUUAUAAAUUAC